CAUUCUUCCUCAAAAAUCACCAAAGAGUAAGAGUAAAGAUCGACCAGACAGCCGUUCAAUGAAUUUGCUUUAAGACUGCAGAACAAAGAUGCACAGUUUUUCUAUACCACUUUUGCUGUUCUUCCUGAAAAGUGACGUAGUCAGAGGACAAGCUGACACAGGGGAAUUACAGUGCAGCAAUGAUGUUGAAAUAGAAGGUGGCAACUUUACACUGUCAGAUGGCUACAGUGUGGGGAGUAUUCUUACUUACCACUGUCCUGAGGGAUUCUAUCCUUAUCCUCUCAGAAAUCGAGUCUGCCAGAAGACAGGAAGAUGGACCAUAUUAACAGAAAGAAAUUACAGAAGGAUUCUCAGGCCAUUAUGUAAAGAGAUCAGAUGCCCUUCCCAGAUAACAUUUGAGAAUGGUCAGUUUCAUCCUCGGAGGAACUUCUUCCGAAUCGGGGAGACAAUUCACUUUGAGUGUGAUGAUGGCAAUAUCCUACGAGGAUCAUCAGAAAGGACCUGCAUGAGUAAUGCAAAGUGGAAUGGAACUACAGCAAUAUGUGAAGAUGGGUUUGGACACUGUGCCAAUCCUGGAAUUCCUUUCGGAGCAACAAAAUCUGGGACUCGCUAUCAGAUUGAUGCAAAGGUCACAUACCAGUGCAAGACUGGUCUGAUUUUAACUGGUUCCACAGAGAGGACCUGCCUUGAGUCAAGGGAAUGGAGUGGAACAGAACCUCUAUGCUCUUAUCCCUAUGCAUAUGAUACCCCAGAUGAAGUAGCAGCAUCGUUUGGAUCAUCUUUCUCAAGUAUUGUUGAAAUGUCUAGACCAUUUGAUCCUCAGAAAGGACUUGGUAGGAAGUUGAAAAUUGAAAAGGAUGCAGCUCUCAAUAUUUAUAUCCUACUGGAUGCAUCACAAAGCAUCAAGCCGAAAGACUAUGAUGAGGCCAAAAGCAAUGUAGUCUCAUUUGUGGAGAAGAUUGCCAGUUUUGACGUGACAAUAAACUUUGGGGUCAUCUCCUUUGCAAACAAACCCAUAGACGUUAUGGAAAUAUCUGACCAGGAUUCCUCAGAUGUAGAUAAAGUUAUACAUAAAAUAGAAAACUCUACAUUGAAAGAGCAUGGAAACCAGACAGGAACAAACAUCUAUGCUGCUCUGUAUAAAGUAUAUCAAUUUAUGUCUUUUCAAAAAGAUCAGUAUGAGAAGAUAUCUAAAGAAAAAUGGCUGAGUGUCCGUCAUGCUAUUAUCUUAUUUACAGAUGGGAAGGCUAAUCAUGGAGGAAGACCUAAAGACGUCAUUACUACAAUUCGGACCUUUCUGGAAAUCAAAGACAAAAGAGAAGAUUUUCUGGAUGUAUAUGCAUUUGGUGUUGGCGAUGUGGAUACUGAAAAUCUGAAUAGCAUUGUGUCAAAAAAGCAAGACGAGACUCACCUUUUCAUCCUUCAAAGCUCAGAUGAUUUAAAUACCACAUUUGAGAAAAUGCUUGAUUUAAAAGACUUUGGAAGCAUGUGUGGUCUGAUUUCAGAAUCUAAGAACUCUGACCCUAUACUAAAGGAGCGACAGAAGAACCCAUGGCAUGUUGAAGUGAAGGUCACUGGGGCUUCAGAAUGCAAAGGAUCGCUAAUUGCUAAGCAAUGGGUACUCACUUCUGCCCACUGUUUCUACAAGAAGGAAAAUCAUCAGGUUAAUGUGGAUACUGCUGAGAAAAAGUCUAUACCAGUCCAAAGCGUGACUCAGCACCCAUGCUACAAAAAUGACGCAAAGAAGGAAUCUCACAAUAUUACAGAGUUUUAUGACUAUGACAUUGCGUUAAUUAAACUCACAGAACCCUUGCAGUUUAAUAUCACUGCCAGGCCAAUCUGCAUACCAUGUACAGUUGGUGCUACAAGAGCAUUAAAGUUGCCGGUUGAACGAGCUACUUGUCAACAGCAUGAAGAAAAACUUUUCGGAAGUAAAACUGUAGCUGCCUCAUUUGUGAAAGACAAAUGCAAAGUCGGUGAAGAUUUGAGAAAGAAAGUAGUGAUAAAGCUGAAAGAAGAGGCAAGGUCUUGUGAAGAAGAUGCUAAAAAAGCCAAACCAUAUCAACAUGUCCAAGUGUCUGAUGUCAUCACUGACAGGUUUCUGUGCACUGGAGGAAGAAAUGAACAUGCAACCUGCAAAGGCGAUUCAGGAGGGGCCUUGUUUAUAGGAAACAAGCUCCGCUAUUUUCAGGUUGGUGUCAUCAGUUGGGGCGUGACAGAUCCCUGCAAAUAUUCUAAUGUAUGCAGACUCAGCAACAGAAAUGAAAUGCGAGACUUUCACAUCAACCUUUUCAAGGUGCUGCCAUGGCUCAAGCAACACCUGAGUAAUGAUAUAGAAUUCUUAGCCACAGUGCCAAAUUAUGAAGAUCCGAAUGCUUGUUAACAGGGCUUAAAAGGCUGACUUGGUGUACCUCACAACCCCCAUUGACAGCUUUAUUUCUUUUAGAAUGUUUUGGGAGUUCAUUCAAUAUAUUUCUUGUAUGAGGAAAGUCAACCACCUUGCAGUUUGGCACUAUUGAGUUUUCUAAUAAAAAGUCUAUUAAGAUUGUCGGAGAAUAUUUGUAAAAUCAAGAAUGAUUGUCAGUUAUUCUGGAAAUGCAGACAUACAACAUCAGAGAAUAAUUCAUUCUUGGGAAAUUGCCUCUCACCAAUGCAAAAUUUACUCUCUGUUUAGCAAGCUGCUACAGAACUGUAACACUGAAAGCAUUCCAUCUGCAUGAACAUUUAAUGUGCUGAGCAAUGUAGUGAGGUGACUGUUAUUAAUCAGAACCUCCUAUGCCACAGCUAGUAUCUUCUAAACUUUAGAAAUUGCAUUUCCCCUACUGAUGAAUAUAUUUUGUGCUGUAGUAACAUCAUUUAGCUAUCAGAUUUUCUGCACAUCAGACCAGUAACAGAAAUUGUUAACAGCAUAAUAAAUUUAAUACUGUUUUUUCCCAGAA